UAGGAAACGGAAAUACAUCAUGUAAUUUACAUUACAGUAUGUGUUUUGGAAGAGCGUUGGUCAACUAAUAAAUAUUGAAUGCGAGCGUUGUUGUAAACCAUACAGUUAGCUGCGACAUUUGGCUCUCAGGGGCAGAGAGCAAUUAUAUACCUGUAUGCACGUUCGCUUGCUAGUUAGACGCUGGAUAAUUCACUGUUGAACGGAGACACUGCAAGUAACUACCGGGGCGCUUUAUCCGUACAAUGAGCUCGGACCACCAAAGUGAUGGCGACGACGCUGACGAUUCUCAAGACAGGCCAGGAAGGGCAGUGUCUGACAAGGAAGACCCCGACAUUGAAGACUCGGAUGAUGAAGAGAAAUCCCCGACCACCUGUCCUCGUCCACCGAGGGAAAGGAACGCCAGACCGGUGACGACGGAUACCAAUCCCCAGUGUCAGGCACCAUCUCAGCCGGGGAAGGGUGGCAAUACUAGCACUGCCACGGAUGUCAGUUACUCCAGCUUAUUUUCAUGGAUACAAAGCAGGACUAUUAGAAGAGGUCUUUUCGUUGAUCCGUCAAGGGAUAACUUUAGGACAAUGACAAACUUGUAUCGCUCAAUGAAUCCUGCCACAGACUCCGUCAACUUGAGCACUCAAACGCACGGAGCCGUGUUCAAUUUGGAAUACUCGCCGGACGGGUCCGUUCUGACGGUUGCCUGUGAGCAGACGGAGGUCCUGCUGUUUGAUCCCAUCUCCUCCAAGCACAUCAAGACUCUGGUGGAGGCACAUGAAGACUGCGUCAACAACAUCAGGUUUCUAGACAACCGUCUGUUCGCCACCUGCUCAGACGACACCACUAUUGCUUUGUGGGACCUGCGUAAGCUGAGCUCCAAGGUGUGCACGCUGCACGGCCACGCCAGCUGGGUGAAGAACAUCGAGUACGACACCAACACCCGCCUCCUCGUCACCUCCGGGUUUGAUGGCAAUGUCAUUACCUGGGACACCAACAGGUUCACGGAAGACGGCUGCCCCCACAAGAAGUUCUUCCACACGCGCUACCUAAUGCGGAUGCGUCUGACGCCCGACUGCUCCAAGAUGCUGAUCUCCACGUCCUCCGGCUACCUGCUGAUCCUCCACGACCUGGACCUCACCCAGUCCCUGGAGGUGGGCAGCUACCGCAUGCUGCGCGCCCGCCGCACGCCCCUCAGCUCAGACGGUGCUACUUCAGCCUCCAGGUUGGCACCAGGCGCUCCUCGCCACGGCAACGACUCAAGCAAGAUCCACCCUCACAGAGAAGGCCUGUCCCCCAGGAACAGCCUGGAGGUGCUGACCCCUGAGGUUCCUGGAGAGAGAGACCGCGGGAACUGCAUCACCUCCCUGCAGCUGCACCCUAAAGGCUGGGCCACGCUCAUCCGCUGCUCCAGCAACAUGGACGACCAGGAGUGGACGUGUGUGUACGAGUUCCAGGAGGGGGCCCCCGCGCGCCCCCCCGCCUCCCCCCGCUGCUCUCUCCGGCUCACCCACUACAUCGAGGAGGCCAACGUGGGCCGGGGCUACAUCAAGGAGCUGUGCUUCAGCCCCGACGGCCGGCUCAUCUGCUCGCCGUACGGCUACGGCGUCCGCCUCCUGGCCUUCGACCAGCACUGCGGCGAGCUGACGGACUGCAUCCCCGUCCAGACCAGCUGCCUGCGGGAGGUGCGCUCCAUCUACUCCCACAGCGACGUGGUGCUCACCACCAAGUUCUCCCCGACACACUGCCAGCUGGCCUCGGGCUGUCUCAGCGGGCGCGUGGCCCUCUAUCAGCCCAAGUUCUAGAACCCCCGCCCCCCCCAGUCCCCCCGAUGAACUGCAUCCGGAACAGACGUCGUUCUAGAACUUUCUGAUAAGCCGGAGCCGGAGCCAAUAUUGUUCUAGAACCAUCUCUGAACCAUCCCUUGGGAACAGCCAGGACCAGGAGGUCCUUGGAAGGAGAGGAUGUUGUCACACACACACACCCCUCUCAGCCUGAGAAGACUGGGACUUCCUCCCCAGGGGGGUAUGGUGUACCCCCGGCCCCCACUCCCUCCCCUGUGUUCUUCCAUACCUCUUAUGGAGGCUCCAUCCGCUCUGCUCACGCCUGCUCCAAGGGCUGCUCCUCUGCUCCUACAUCUGACUUUCAACCUCUGGAUCUCUGUCAGCCUGUCUCCACUCUCCAGGACCAGCGACCCCCCCCAGCCCCAACUCUGUUCUCCUCUUCCUGGGAUCUGUCGCUCCUCCCGCUCUGCUAUGGGUGGUUAGGGUUACAGCCUGGUGUUGAGGUGUUAGGGUUACAGCCUGGUGUUGAGGUGUUAGGGUAACAGCCUGAUGUUGAGAUGUUCAGGUUACAACCUGGUGUUGAGGUGUUAGGGUUACAGCCUGAUGUUGAGGUGUUAGGGUUACAGCCUGAUGUUGAGAUGUUCAGGUUACAACCUGGUGUUGAGGUGUUAGGGUUACAGCCUGAUGUUGAGGUGUUAGGGUUACAGCCUGGUGUUGAAAUGUUAGGGUUACAACCUGCUGUUGAGGUGUUAGGGUUACAACCUGCUGUUGAGGUGUUAGGGUUACAACCUGGUGUUGAGGUGUUAGGGUUACAACCUGGUGCUGAGAUGAGAUGACAGAGUUAGGGCAUUUUGUUCUGUGUGUGUGUGUGUGUGUGUGUGUGAGUGAGUGAGUUACAUACUAGACCCCUCCAAGCCAUCACCGCUUAUGUACUACCUUGAGAACAUCACCAUGACAAUAAACUAAGCUUCAGCACCAUUCUGAUCCAGAGAGCCAGUGAUGACUAGGAACAGCUAAUACACACACCACUGCUGAGGAGGAACAGCCAACACACACAUCACUGCUGAGGAGGAACAGCUAAAGAGGAACAGCCAAGACACACAUCACUGCUGAGGCGGAACAGCUAACACACACACAGCACUGCUGAGGAGGAACAGCUAACACACACACAUCACUGCUGAGGAGGAACAGCCAACACACACACACACACAUCACUGCUUAGGCCAGCCUAGUGUAUUUCUGCUCCGAGGGAUAACCAGUGUGUGGAUCUGAGCCCGGCCUAACAGCUCGUUACAACGCCCAGUCCUAGAUCCAGAGUACAUGUAACGAGAUAGUGAGUUAUAGCCUUCCUAUGUAGACCUGGUUAUAGACAUGAACCAAAUGCUUCUAUGCAUACCAGCCUUUAUGAAUAUGCUAUCUACUGGAUGCUCUUGAGUAGUCCAGAUGUCUUAAGAUUGUAGGACUCAGGUGGUCCUGUGUGGGGUGGGGGUGGGGGUCACCUGUGUCCGCUGCGUACUGCAGAGCUCCUGGUAGAGGAAGCAGUGCCUCAGCUCGCUGGUCUAAUGCAGUCCUCACAAGGAGCUGCUCCCGUAGGGCAAUCUUCGCUGCUGCUUUUUAUCUACCUUCAUUCCAAAAGAAAGGACGACCAAUCGGACGUUUUCUAUGUCGACGUCUCUCGUGGGUCGCGGCCCAUUCUCAGUGGGGGUCCUGUUAGGACUUGUGAGCGAGAUGCGUUGUGUGUCACCUAGUUGUUGUUUUCCCCCUCUCCCUGCUCACCUUUUUAACCUUCAUGUUCGUUGAAGCUAACGUUUGUGAUUUUUUGGGGGGGGUGAUCGCAGGAUUGUUCCCUAGUUUGUUCACCAUUGCUUUGUUCAUGUAGGAUGAGUUUGAAGCCCAUAUUUGUUGUUUAUAAUGACGUGUCUCUAAAUAAUCCCGACAACGAUGCUGAUAUGGUACGUCUCACUGAAAUAAAAGGUGGCAUUUUGCACUGUU